UCAGAGUACAACCUUUUCCUUAAUAGAUCAUUUCGGCAGAACAUUACAUGUCAUGCGUCCACGUUACAAAUGAACACAUGAGCGCAUUUGAACACGUUUUGCCGCGCAGCUGGGAAUUACGGUCAAGCGGCUCGUGCAAUCGCGCAAACUUCCUCCACAGUUUUCAUGGGAGUCAUAUAGGAUUGUCAUUUUCUCGAAAGUAGUAACCAAAUAAUGUUCAAAUUGAGAGCAUAUACCUCGUUGACAAUAAAGACAAAAUUACACAAAGAGCAUUUAGGUUUGUUAUGAUUACAUUGACUUUUGAAGUGCCCAAAUUAAUAGUUGACGUCUUUUCCGUUGUUUUGUUUUUAUUCUGACCGGAAGUCGGAUUGCUAUAAAUUGAUGUGAUUUGGAGAGAAAUGUUUAUACACUUCAAAUAAAAGUCUUAUUGGCGUUGCUUAACGCUAGUUGGAUCAUUGCUACAAACUGGGUGUUAGCAAGAAUACAACAGAAACGUAUGACGAAACAGUCCAGGAUCAAUGUUAAGGACGCAGCUACGUUAGGGAUAAUCAGUUAGCUGUCUUGGCUAACGUUAGCUUCAUGUAGUUGCCCAGUAAUAUCUACUCGUUAAUCUCGUAACGUUUCAAACGUUAACGUGGGCGGAAUCACACAUUAACAUUAUAGACAUUUACCCGUGUUUAUGCACCGCAGUCAUCCCGUCUUACCCUGCGUCAGGAAUGGAUGCUACUCAGAUGAUCAGUGACUCAAACUUGGAUUCAGAUGAGGAGGAAAAUGAAGACAAGAAUGAAAAUGAGAGGGGGCGACCAUUGGCUAAACUGUGCAUCUUAAAAAAUGAGCAAGUCCCUGAGGCAGAGUUGCCCUUGUUUUUGGGGGAUAAUGUGCUGGGCCGUGACCCCAACACCUGCACCCUGCCCUUGCCAGCACCCUCAAUAUCCAAGCAGCACGCUACCAUCGGCAUCUCUGUCUACCGUAGAAGAGGUUGUCACAGUGAAGUGGAUAUGGAAGCUUUGGUCUGGGACCUUGGGAGCAUGAAUGGGACCCGCAAAGGCCGCUUAAAGCUGACUCCUAAUGUACGCUAUGCCCUCAGUGAUGGUGACAGUUUGGUGGUGGCAGACAUCCCAUGUCAGUAUGUCAGCUGUACUGUAAACAGGGUAUCUUCUCAAGGGGACAUGAGGACUCCUGUGAGCAGGAAUUCGGGGGUAAAGGCCAGGUUGCCAGAUGCCUCGGGAGAAAAGGGAGGUGACAAAAGCACAGGCGGCAAGAAAUGUUUCAAUGUUGGUGCAAAGGCUAAGGUGUCAUUUACAAAGACUCCUGUCAGAACCAGUUGCCUGUCCUUUGAGCAAACUCCAACCCAGCCACAGGGGACCCUGGUCCCAGAAUCUGAGUCAGACUCAGAUGGAGAAAGAGGGGGAGGAGGAGACCGACGGCGCAAGGCAUUAGUGUCUGAUUCUGACUCCCAUAAAUCUAGUCCCACUUGUUCUACAUUCUUGAGUCCCACACACAAAAUCAUCCCUGAAAGUGAGGACGAAAGUCCAAUCACACCAUCUUCCUCGAAUAUAAAUAGACCUUACAGACAUGUCAGCUUCAACAAGGAGGAGACAGAAGUAGAUGUGGGAGGACAGCGGCUGGAGGAAAAAAAAGCAUCUGCAAUUGUGGACGACAGUGAAGAAGAGGAAGGAAUGGAUGAAGAAAGAGCAGCACCAGAAGGGACAAAGUCUGAGAAAAGUGGACGACAUGUGCCAGUGAAACAUGAAAGCAAUGUCAGUCUAAUGGGAGAAGAUGAAUUGCCUGUUUCUACACCAGCUCUCUCCACAGAUGCGAUCCCUGCAUUUAACAUGGACAGCGAUACUGAUAUGGAAGGAGAGGAGGAAGGGGAGGCCUCUGAGGCUCCUGUGACCUUGAACACAAACCAAGUCGAUCAGCCACCAAACACAGCCCAGUUUCACAAGGACAUUGAUACAGAUGUCGAUGAGGAUGAAGAUGCAUUAGACAGAGCUCCUAAAACUGUGCCUUCCUCUGAUGACAACACCAAACCUCCUCAUGUUAAUUCAGUUAUUCAGCCUGAGGGAAUCACUGUGGACAGUGACACUGAUGUGGAUGACGGUGCUUCUGUGUCAGACGCUGCCACAAAAGCAAAACCCAUUUCAUUUCAGAGUGCAAACACAGCUGACACUGCCCCUUGCUCCAAACAGCCGAAAGAUUUCCACCUAGGCAGUGACACAGAUGUUGAUGAGGAAGAAGGACGAGAAUGUGGAACAAAUAAAUCAAGCUCUAAAAUAGAUGAAACUCCCACUAGAAUAGAUAUAAAGCCAACUUGUCCUGAAUCCGCCCCUGCUGCUCCUCAUAGCCUACAUGUAGAUAUUGACACAGAUGAUGAAGCGAUCCCUGCCCCUGCCCUCAGUCAACCCCUGGUGGUGUUUGCUGCCACAGAAUCAUGCACCGCUGCAAAUCGAGGGACCGAUAUUCUGUCUGACAGUGACACAGAUGUGGAAGACAAUUGUCCUUUGGUUAUACCUGUUGCUGUCACAACCUUGUUAGUCUCUCCCCGUACCAUGUCAGAAGCUCUUGAGUCAGAUUCUGGUGCAGACACAGAUGUGGAUGGAUCCAGCAUGCCCCCUGCAGGGGAUGGGGUCAGUCCAACUGACCUUAGAGUGGACAGUGAUACAGUUGUGGAGAAUAAGGAGGCAGACAUUGGAGAGGCAGGCGAGGGCCAGAUCCCUAGCCUAUGCAGAGAAAAGACGGAUGGGUUGCUGGUUCCUCUUCUGCAGUACUGCUCUACUCCUGUACAGUUGUCAGGUGCAGUAGCCCCUGCUGUAGGACCUGUAGCAUUGUCUUCCUGCUCAGACAGCCAGGAGGAUGAGGACUAUGUUGUGGCCGAGACGCAGUCCUUCGUUCUUCAGACUAGAGAUUGCCAGAGCAACCCUCCAGAGGACCACACCAUGAACCCUACUCAAGCUUUCGGCCAUGAACCUUCUGGGGAUGAAAAAGAUGAACAGUCCAGCCGAGGAGGGUCUUUUCAGCUGGCAUUGUCUGACAGCAGCCACCUGAGGUUUCAAGUUCAAGUUCUGGCUGUGGAGAGCACCCAGUCAUUUGGCUCUAUGGAAAGGAGUGUGAGUCUGGAAGAUACCCAAGCAUAUGCAGCCAUCUCAACUGCAGACAGAACCUCUGCAGAGAACGAUCCAAAUCUUGAGGCCACACAGGCCUAUGGAGAGUAUAAGGAGCCUGUCAGAUGUUUAGUAAUGUCUGAAAAAGAAGGUCAGGUAGAUUUGGCUCUCGAAGCAACACAGGUAUAUAUUUCAGAGCCCUACAGUGAUUCAGAGAAGGAAACAGAUCAAGAUGAGAGAAAUAACAUUACUGCUACUGCUGAGACUCAUCCUUUAGGCUUCCCCAACUCAUGUAUUCUUGCCAUGGCUGAAACUCAACCAGUGUCUGCCUUUAAGGAAGGGGAGCGUUUGGCAACGGACAAGCCUGUUUCCUCUGCACAACAAGUUAAGCCCAUAACACAGAAUGAAACAGAAGAGAAGGAAAAAAUUGGGUUGACAGCUCAACCUCAGCAGAGACCCUCUGGUGAAGUUCUAUCUAUAGCUGAAACUCAGCCCAUGUGUACAUGUGACUUUGAGGAAAGUGAUGAUGAAAACUCAAUUCCAGGUCCAAAAAAAAGUCAAGCAAGGCCACUGCAGCUUAAAGAGGAGCAGCAACAGCCCCUCAUUAUCUCUGAGUUAUCAAUUGUUGAAACCCAGCCCAUGCAAAUUGGAGCUGCUGAAACUCAGCCCAUCGCUACAAGUGAAAAUGAGGAAAGUGAUGAUGGGGACUCAAUGCCAGGCCCACGAAAAAGAAAAGCAAAGGCUCUGCGACUCGUAGAAGAGGAGACACAAACGCUCACAAACACUGAGCUCUCUGCUGAUGAAACUCAGCCAGUGGAUUCAGGUGACGGAGAAAGUGAUGGAGAUGACUUGAUUCCAGUUUCUCGAGAAAGGAAAGCAAAGCAACUGCAACUUGAAGAGGUGACACAGCCCCUCUCUAGUUCUGAAAUCUCGGCUCCUGAAACUCAGCCCACGGGUGCAUUUGAAAGUGAGCAAAGUGACGACGAGGACUCAAUGCCACGUCCACGAAAGAGAAAAGCAAAGCCGCUGCAACUUGAAGAAGAGCGCACACAGCCCCUCACUGUUGAAACCCAUCCCAUAGUUAUGGGUGAAGACGAGGGAAGUGAUGAUGAGAACUCAAUUCCAGUUGCACGUAAAAGAAGAGCAAAGGCACUGCAACUUGAAGAAGAGGAGACACAACCGCUCACGAUUUCUGAGGUUUGUACUGAUGAAACUCAGCCCUUGGAAACACAAAAUGGUGUACAACCUGAAAGGCCAAGGGGGAGACAAUCUGAAGCUGCAACCGGUGGAGUCAAAAUCAGAAAUAAAAGAGGGACAAGGGCAAGAUUAAGAGAGGAAGAACACGAAAGAUUGCAGGCUGAAAAUAGGGAGAGGAUAAGACUGGAACAGGAGAGAUCAGAGAAAGAGAGAAAGGAACAAGAAGAAAAGGAAAGAUCUGAUUGGAUACAGAAAGAAAAAGAACAAUUGGAGAGGGAAAGAAAGGAGAAUGAAGAGAGAUUGGAGCGUGAAAAGGCAGAAAGAGAAGAGAGAGAGAAAUUGGAGAGAGAGGAGAAAGAUAGAAUAGAAAAGAAAAGAAAGGAACAGGAAGAAAAAGAGAGAUUGGCAGCAGAACAGAGAAAACUCGAAGAGAGACUUGAGAGGGAGAGGAAGGACCAAGAACACCAAGCAAGACUUCAGAGGGAAGCAAAGGAAAGAGAAGAAAGGGAAAGACUGGAAAAAGAAAAAGAGACUAUAGAAAAACAAAUAAAAGGGCAAAAAGAAAAAAAGGAAGAAGUAAAUAAGCCCAGUGUGCCCACAAGAGGUCGAAGAGCAGCCAGAAAAACAAUUGCUACCCCAAGUACAACAGAACCAGAACAAGACUCAAGCAUAUCAACCAAUGAUGAUGUCCAAGCAAGGAGAACCAGAUCUCGCUCCAACUCUUCCAACUCAGUUAGCUCUGAGAGAUCUGCUUCAAGCAUCAACACCCAGGAGAGCAGGGGGAGAGGUCGAGGCAGGGGGGCAAAGAGGACCAGUGAGCCACCCCAGGCAGUCAUUGCCAGAAGCAGCAAUAGGAGGAGGACGGUGGCUACAGAAACAACAGAGCAGGACGGUAAUGAUAUUUCUCCUCAAGGAGUCCCUUCAAGGUCUAACUCCUCCAAUUCUCCCAGAUCUGAGAUUUCCAGCUGUAGUGUGAGCUCUCAAGACAGAGGAAGAAGGCAGCGAGGAAGACCGAGGAAAACAGAGCCUGAGCCAAACUCCAUCCCUUCUAUCAAUGGUCAGAGUGCUCAUAAUUCAGUUCCCACACCUGCAGCCAGAGGCAGGAAGAGCAAGAAAACAGAGGACUCCUCUAUUAUGGUUCCUCAGGAAGAUGAUGAAGAGAAGACAGAUUCUCAGCAGGCUAGUACCACAAGGGGGCAGCACCGAGCCAACGCAAAUGGCUCCGAACCCACAGCUGCAGAUGAGGAAGACCACUCAAUUCAGGAGGAAGGUCGUGCCAUUGAGGAAUCUCCUCUGCCUAAAAGGAAUGUCAGGGGCAGAGGUCAAAAGGCACCAGUAGCUCCUGUAGUCAGUGGUGAAGUUGAGGCUAAAGACAAAAGAAAAGGAAAGAAGAGAGACCUGGAGGAAAAUAAAGAGGAGGAUUUUAGCAGUAACUCCAUAAUUUCCACAGGGAAAGAGAAAGCCCAAACAACACAGGCAUCAGAGAAGGAAGGGAAAGAUGAAACAAAAGAUGAGACUCCUGUCCAAGCUAAGAGGAGAGGUAGACCAUCCAGCACUCAAACCAAGAAAAAUGCAAAAGAAUCGCCUCUUGAAGUGGAGGUGAAAGAAGAGAGUGAGAAAAUAGAGGAGGAGAUUGCUGAGAAGAGAGCCAGAGGUCGGCCAUCCGGGUUCCAUAAAAAUAAGCGAGAGGAGCUAGAAGAAAGGGGAGCAUCUGCCAGUUCCAUGAAACAGGAUGCAAAAGUGGAGGCAUCAGAGCCCCAGACUCCAACCAGCAGUGUAUCCCGGAAGCGACAGGCUCCUGCGGACUCGUCUCCUGUGGCAAAGACUCCUCGCGCCUCCUCUGCUUCCCCUGCAGCUAGUGGUCGACGACGAGCUGCGAGCCAGGCCUACAAGGUGCUGUUCACAGGCGUGGUGGAUGAGGCUGGGGAGAGAGUGCUGGCUCGUUUAGGAGGCGGCAUGGCUAAAGGUGUGGCAGACAUGAACUGCCUGGUGACUGAUAAAGUGCGCAGGACUGUCAAGUUCCUGUGUGCGUUGGCCAAAGGAGUCCCCAUUGUCACCACUCACUGGCUGGAAAAGAGUGGUAAAGCUGGGAGCUUCCUGUCUCCUAAUGCUUUUGUUGUGAAGGAUCCAGAGCAGGAGAAGAAGUUUGGUUUCUGUCUGCAGGAGUCUCUGAGGGUUGCCAGCAGUCAGCCUCUCUUACAGGGAUAUGAGAUCCAUGUUACAAAAUCAGUGAAGCCAGAGCCAGUUCAAAUGAAAGACAUAAUCUCCUGCAGUGGAGCUAUCUUUCUACCUAAGAUGCCCUCUUCUCACAAGCCUCAGACUGUAGUGAUUUCCUGCGAGGAGGACUGGUCGCUGUGCGGCCCGGCAGUCUCUGCAUCUCUCCCAGUCGUCACUGCUGAGUUCAUUCUCACAGGAAUCCUUCAGCAGAAAGUUGACUUUCGAACCCACACUCUCUCCGCCCCUGUAACUUAUCUACAACCUGCAGGAGGCAGAGGAAGGGGCAGGAAGAAGACAUAGCAUCAGCAGGGAGUACUGUGACUAUACACGCAAUGACGCGCCUACAUAUGUGCGGGAAAUCUGCACUAGUGUGUCCACAUUUAUCAUUUGCAGAUACCCUUUCAAAUUAGAGACCUAUAGAAGCACCAGUGAGUCAACUGUUUGCUACCCGAUGAAAGACUUGAAGACAGAAUUUGGCAAAUGCAACAAGAGUUGAAUGUAAAUUCCUGUAUGUACAUUGUCAGCACUGGAAGCAUGCGGUGUCAUUUUACUAUUAGCUGUCAAAUGUUCAAAAAAAAACUAAUUUUGUAUGUACAAAUUCCUGUUUUGCAAGAGGGUAUUGUGAGAAGCAACAUUUAGGAAGUUUACCAAAGGGACAAGUGUCUAAUUUUGAAAGAAAAACUUUCAGUGUAAGUCUUUCUUACAGUCUUAUUUUUUGCCUUAUAUAUAUGGGAAAAAAUGUAGUUUUGCUGCUACGCAUGGUGUUAAAUAAUUACCCAUUAACUGUACUUGUCACUCUCCCCUCUCCUCCUCCUGUGUGCUCAACCUCUCCCUUUACACAACAACAAGCAGAACAGGAGUUAACACUGCUAAAUUGCUGCUACUCUCUGCGUGCUUAGUGCUUAAAUUCAGCCAGCCUUUUUGGCAGGUAACCAACCAUAAAAGAGGGAGUUGUAUAAAUCAUGUUUGGAUGGUGGAACCUUGGAAAUCACUUGUUGUGUUUAGAAAUCCACCAGUUCCAGUUGCCAGUAGAUGGGAAAAAAAAAGUGUGUUUCCUUUCCUUAUAAGAGGUGCAUAGGUAAUCAUGACCUACCAGUGUAUCUGUUGUUCCUCUGUCUCCAUUAACCACCACCACCACCUACUCCAUUAAGGCCUCAUCCAAUCCUAUUACCUCCAGGGAUGAGACACGAUAUAUGCACCUGAAUGCUGAUGCUGUUUCUACAUCAAUAUCUUAUGAUGUUUUGUCCUUGCCGUGCAUUUAUCUGUCUCUUCACUUUUAAAGGUAUGCUGUUUUUGUAUGGUUAAAGAAAUAAUAAAAAAACAAACCACAGAACUGAAAGUAUACAGAACAUUUGAUUUCUCCUCGUGCUGUGUCAUUGGUGUUUUAAAGAAGGACUCUUUAGCUUGUAUUUUUUUAGAACUGUGAACUAGCUAAUAUCUUAACACCAAGUUUGUAUUUGAAAUCUGUCUGUACUGUCAAUGAAAACAUUAAAUAAUUUCAAUGACCUUUUAA